UCGCGAAUUGCAAAAUAGUCCCAUCCACCUCAUUCAUUCCUCCUCCAUUAUUACUCCUUGGCAUCUGAAAAAAAUGGUGAGUUCCAGCAAUGGCGACUACGAUUGGGCCAAGGAAGUUAAAGAAAUCGACGAAACAAAAGCCGGUGUGAAAGGUCUUGUCGAUACCGGCAUAACAAACAUCCCCAAAAUCUUCGUGCAUCCGAAGACCAGUUUCGAGACCCAUCCUCCACCACCCACACCCGCCCACGGCUCCGAUCUGCCGACGAUCGACUUCCAAGGGCUGCGGAGCGGAGGUGAAGGGCGGCGCGUGGUGGUGGAGGAAAUCCGCAAGGCGGCUCAAGAGUGGGGGUUCUUCCGCAUAGUGAACCACUCGAUCCCAGUGGAGACGAUGGACGCCAUGCUGGCGGCGGUGAAGCGCUUCCACGAGCUGCCCCACCACGAGAAGGCGGCGUUCUACACGACCGACCAGAGGCGGAGCGUGAAGUUCAACAGCAAUCUGCCGGAGCGAGAAAACGAGUUGGGUUGCUGGAGGGAUAUCCUGAGCUUCCUCUUCUACGAUGACCAGCUGGAGCCCGAGGAGAUACCCUCUGCCUGCAGGGAGCAAGUGCAGGAAUACGUGAAACACGUGAUCCAGCUGAGGGAGGUGAUGGCGGAGCUGCUGUCGGAGGCGUUGGGGCUCCGCAGCGACUACCUUUCCAGCAUGGAGUGCAUGAAAAGCGAGGCGCUGGCGUGUUUGUAUUAUCCUAAAUGUCCGGAGCCGCACAAGACCUUCGGAAACAAGUCGCAUUCCGACACCACUUUCUUGACCUUACUCAUGCAAGACACCAUCGGCGGCCUCCAGAUUCUUCACGACGCUCAAUGGGUCGACGUCCCUCCGGUUCGUGGGGCCCUCAUAGCCAAUGUUGGUGAUCUCUUGCAGAUCAUUAGCAAUGACAAGUUCAUAAGCGUGGAGCACAGAGUGGUGGCGCAGGCGGUGGGGCCGAGGAUUUCGGUGGCGAGUUUCUUUACUCCGAGCAGGAAGGCGAUGGCGAAGGCGUUUGGUCCGAUCAAAGAGCUUGUUUCGGAGGAGAGUCCGGCGGUGUACAGGGAGGUCAUGUUUGGAGAAUACAUUGAAUUUUACAAGACUAAAUUUCAGGGUUCCACGUCAGCCUUGCCCCAUUUCAAGAUUCAAUCACUUUGACUUCAUCUCACAUGUCCUACUCAUAUGCCAUCUUAAGUUUAUUCGCACAACAUUUUAUAUUUGGACUGCAUCACAUUGCGGAUUUCUUUUAUAUAUAUAUAUGAUAUGCAGUUGUUGCUUUUGAUUUAUUUUAAUUUCUGUAACAACUAUUGGUUCAUUAAUGUCUCUCAGUUUUUUUUAUA